AUGUGGACUUUGCAGAUGAACGUGAGGACUCAGAAGCAGCCCAAAGUGGCCCAUUUAAAUCCUGGCGGGGGUGGGAGGCCCUACCUGUCUCGCUUGGAGAAAGCCCCGCCCAGAAGCGUCGGAAGCGGGCCAAUCAGAGGCAUCCGGGAACGAGGCGGUCUUCGGUCCGGUCGCCUUUCGGUCCCUCCGUCCCCGGCUGGGUUCCCGCGGUCCGCUUUUGGCGCUGGACCGGAAGUGACGUCCCCGCCGCCUUCCGCCGUGUCCCGAGAGGCGCUUCCGGCUGCGGCGGCGAUGGAGGCGGCCGUGGCGGCGGAGCCGGGCGAGCGGUGGGCGCCGGGUGAGCAUGAGAAGCAGGAACUACUGGAAGCUCAGAAGGAAAAGCAGCGAGAGCUCAUCUUGGAGCUGAAGGCCCAGCUGGAUGACCUGGAAACAUUUGCCUACCAGGAAGGCAGCUAUGAUGCACUGCCUCAGUCCAUGGUCAUGGAGAGACAGCAGGUGAUCAUAGAGGAACUGAUCAAGAAGCUGGACAUGAACUUGAGCGAGGACAUUGCCUCACUGUCCCCCGAAGAGCUGCGCCAGCAGGUGGAUGUCGCUGUGGCGCAGAUUGUCAACCCAGCACGUGUGAAAGAGCAGCUUGUAGAGCAGCUGAAGACCCAGAUCCGGGACCUUGAAAUGUUUAUCAAUUUCAUCCAAGAAGAAGGCGGCAGCCCGGGCAAACCAGCAGGUGGGCCUUGUGAGUGUUCUGCUGGGAAGGCCGGCAGUGACCCCUGCAAGCCAAACACUCAGGAGCCUCGCAGGAACAACAAAGUGAACCCUGAAGAUGCCCGGAGGAUGCGAGAGACAGGACUGCAUCUCAUGCGACGCAUGCUUGCCGUGCUGCAGAUCUUUGCUGUGAGCCAGUUUGGUUGUGCGGCUGGGCAGAUCCCUCGCCAUCUGUGGCAGAAACACCAAGCGGAUAUGGAAUAUGCCCCCUUGGUGAAGAAGUUGGAAGCGGCUGUGGCCCACGUGAGACAGCUGGCCCAGAAGUCCCAGCUUGGAGAGCCGGAGCAUGUCGUCAGCUUCUCUGGGUCGCCGAACCCGGGCAGGCGGGAUGAGCUGACGCUUGCCGUGCGCAAGGAGCUGACGCUCGCCGUGCGUGACCUGCUGGCCCACGGCCUCUACGCCCCGUCCCCCGGGAUGAGCCUGGCCCUGGCCCCGAUUGCCUGCCUCCUGCCCGUGCUGAAUUCCUCCCCUCAGGCCAUGCACCCUUGGGAGCUCUUUGUGAAGUACUACCAGUCCAAGAACGGCCGGGCCUUUGUGGAGUCCCCGGCUCGUAAGCUCUCCCAGUCCUUCGGCCUCCCCGUGACAGGCGGGGGCCCCGUCACCCCGAAGCAGAGCCUCCUGUCGGCCAUCCACACGGUCCUGUCGGAACACGACCCAUUCAAGCGCAGCGCAGACUCGGAGCUGAAGGCCCUGGUGUGCCUGGCCCUCAACGAGCAGCGCCUGGUUUCCUGGCUCAAUCUCCUCUGCAAGUCCGGCGCCCUGAUCCAGGCCCACUACCAGCCCUGGAGCUACAUGGCCCAGACCGGCUUCGAGGGCGCCCUCAACCUCCUCAGCCGCCUCAGCCACCUGCACUUCAGCCUCCCCGUGGACUUGGCAGUGCGGCAGCUGAAGAACAUCCGGGACGCCUUCUGAGUGGCCGGAGCCCCAUCUCGGCCCGGGCAAGGGCAGCGCUUCCGGCUCCGCCCAGGAAGGCCACCUCUGGGCACUCACAGGCGGUCUCAACAGCGGCUGCCUCCAUUGCAUUCACCAGGCCCCCCACGUGGCGCCUCUUGUAACAGGCCGACAGCCGUUGAGAGGAGCUGCCCUAGCGCCAUGUGCAGUUCUUGGCCGCCGGUUGCCCUCUGUAGUGUCCGUAAGGCUUCGCUGCAGAGCUGUGGUGUGUUCAUAAUGUCCCUCGAUCUCACGGAGUCAGCUUGGACAGCGUGUCUCCACGAGGGACGUCCGCUUCCUUCUGUACCACCGGGAGCAGGGCCUGUAUUCGGCCUUGAUCGCCCGGAGGAGGUCUUCCUGGGCAAAGAGUCCUGAACUAUUGAACUCUCAGGUAGCAGAGCCUGCGAGUAGAACGGAGCUUUGACAGACAAGCGGCUGGCUUCAGUGUGUCCGCUUGAGCCUAGUGCUCACAGGCGGCAAAGAAUCAGGUGGCAGGAUGGAACAGGCGGGCAUCCCGGCUGAAUUGGGUCCAGCGUCACAGUGUGGUGGAGAGGGAGGGCCAGGUGGUGUGAGAAAAACAGGUAAAGGAAGAGAAGGGGACACCCUUGACUACAGGCAGAGGGUGAGCUCCGGGAUCUAGUGAGACAAGCACACAAGUCUGCGAGAGAGAGAUGGGUAGAGGUGUCCAGCCUUGUCCCCGUUGCAGGAAAGAAGCCGUUUGAAUAGCGUUUGUCAUAACUACUACCUCCCAAACAGUCCCUUUGCGGGCGAUUGGGUGCCUUUGGUGUGGGUACGUAUGAUGUGCUGUUGGGGGGGAUAGGAGCUACAUGACCCUCAGCCCGGAUAUUGCUUGUCUUCAUCCUCAUAUCAUCUGCCGUGGAAGUAGUUAAGCUGGGCAGGACUGCUCUGCGAGCUAAAUUUCGUUUUCUGCGGACCAGACAGGGAGAUGUUACUACUAAAAAAAUCAGACUUCCAAACACGGCAUGUUUCCUCUGUAAGGAUGUAGUAGAGUGAAGGAUACAUUCAAAGGUUCUGAGACCAAGAUUUGUUUCUCCCCAUGGAACUUAGGAUAGUGCCCUCCCAGUACAGUGCAAAGCAUCAGGGCAACUAUGUUCUGCUGCAGAGGUGUAGUUCCAGAUAUGGUACUUCUAGAACUCUACUCUCUUAGGUUUCUCUGAGGCCCAAGAGAAGGGUGAGAUCAAACUGUGCCAUCUUCAGACCUUGCUCUGACAGCCCAGCUUGGACAGUGUGCGAAGGAGCUCCAGUGCCAAGCCAUGCCCUUGUGAAUUCUGUGUCUCUGCAAAUAAGUUGUUUUGUGGAGUUUCUGUGACCUGUCCGUCUCAACCCCCUCUGCUUAGUGUAGGAGAUCUCCUGCUGUUGUCUCGUAUUAUUCAUUACAUUCAGGAAACUGUGUCCUGCUCCCUGAGGGAUCUUACUUUUUAAUAGCAUUUUGAUUGUUCUAAUGCCAGUUCAGUGCAAAGGGGAAAAUGUGUCAAUUGACAGUUGUUUAUG